CGUCUUUAACAGGGGGAGGCUGAACUUUGACCCACUGAGAAGGGCCUCAAAGAUUGAUAUCAGCUCCUCCCCAUUUUACAGAGCCAAUCAAGAAGACGUUGGCGCCUCUCUUGGAGGAAGUUGGAAGAGGAGUCACGUUACGAGAUUACCAUCAUGAGCAGGGCCUGGGCUGCGUUCAGGGCCCAUCCGUACAGCAGCAACGUGGUGGGCUACACAGCACUGUUCGCCUCGGCCGACCUCUUCCAGCAGCGCGUUUUGGGUGGACGAGACGCGUCGCAGGCCUCCGCUGCCGUGGACUGGCGCCAGACGGCCCGAGUGGCCACCGUGGGCUUCUGUUUCCACGCCAACUUCAACUACCAGUGGCUGCGCUGGCUGGAGAGGGUGCUCCCGGGGGGCGGGGUCAGGGCAGUGACGGGGAAGGUGGUGGUGGAUCAGCUGGUGGCCACACCGCUCACCAUCACUGCCUUUUAUAUUGAGAGACCUCUGCCUUGGAUGCAGUCACAUGACCCUGUUUCACCCAUCCAGCGGAACUACUCGUGGCAUUUGACUCCAUUUGCCCAAUCAAAUGAAGUCAGGCAGUCACAUGACACUAAGUUUCAUCAAAGGUUUUCAGUGAUAAAUUAUUUUAAUGAAACCUAGUAAAAAAAUAAAAAAAAUAACCUGUUUUAUGAAUGUAAAAAAAACAAAAAACUAAUGUAAGCGAAUUUCUCGUGGCAGAAUUUGUCUUAAUUUGUUAUUUUAUAAAGAUAAAAUUUAUUACUGUUUCAGUUAAAGUGAUACUGCUGAGCAAUAUCUGAAUUUGCGCAUUACUAUUUUAUAUUUUUGUCUACUUUAUGCCCAGGCUUUGAUUUAAAAAAAUAAUAAUUUUACAUCAGAAGUUACUCACCAGUUACUCAGUAGUGUACUUGAAUAGUUUUUUCCCCCUAAAUACUUACAUUUAAUUAUUUGGAGGACUGCUUUUUCAUUUAUUAUUAUUUUUUUUUUUACAUUUUUCUAAAGUAAAAGACCUUUGA